AUGUAUGAGGAUAUUUCUAGAGCCAUGCAUUCCUCCAAAACCCACUACACGGUGUUGAUGGGAGACUUCAACGCAAAACUAGGCACAAGAGAAGGCGGUGAGCUGAAGGUAGGGAAAUUUGAAGUAGGGCAACGGAACCGUAGGGGCCAGCAGCUGGCUGACUUUAUGGAGAAAGAGGGACUCUUUAUGAUAAACUCUUUCUUCCAGAAGCGGCCCCACAGGAAGUGGACCUGGUCGAGUCCCAACGGUUCGACAAAAAAUGAGAUUGACUUCAUUAUGACGACCAGACGCCAACUGUUCAGUGAUGUCUCAGUGAUCGCAAGGGUGAAAAACGGCAGCGAUCACCGAAUGGUUAGAGGCACACUGAACCUAAACGUUAAGUUGGAGAGGUCUCGUCUAAUGAAGUCAACGCACCGUCCCCCUCGUGCUCUAAUCCAGAAUCCCGAAACCUUUCAGCUCGAGUUACGUAACCGCUUUCAGUGCCUAGAAGAUUGCAAUGCAGUGGACGAUAUUAAUGACAAGCUCGUGGAAACUGUCCAUGCGGUCGGAGCUAAGUUCUGCAAGACCCGCCGCAGAAGAACACAAAAACUCUCCGAUCACACUCUUAAUCUCAUGGCUGUUAGACGGGAGAUGAGGCUGCAAUCGUCAACAGAUUUGACAGCAUACAGGCAACUGAACAGACAGAUCUCCAAAUGCAUGCGGCGAGACUUACGCAAAUUUAAUACUGCUGGUAUUAAAGAAGCGAUCGAGCGGAACCAGGGCUCCAAAGUCUUUGCCAGAGAUCUGUCUGCCAGAAAGAGCCAAUUGUCAAAGCUGAAGACUGAGUGUGGCAGCAUCGUUUCUAAGGCACCUGAGAUUUUGAGUAAGAUUGAGAGGUUCUAUGGGCAGCUGUACACAUCAUCGUUGGAGCCACACGCAAGUGUGAGUAAUGAUCCAAGAGCAAGUCUUACCUGA